AAGUACCCCUUUUGUUUUCUCAGAGCUCCCAGUCUGUGGCCAGGCAAGCAUUAAGAAUCAGACUCUAAGAAUCAAAGUGUCUAUAUUUUAUCCUUUGAACAGAGGGUGAGGAAAACCAGGGGAGGAUGUGUGCAGCUGGAUGGACGCUAAUGCUUCUGCUGAUUCACCUCAUUGGUUCAGCUACCUCGUCUCCUUUCAUUACUCCUGAUUCAGUUCUUCCACACCUCCUUCCCCCAUCUGUCCGCUUGCCGCCUCCCACCUCCGCAGUCAGCUUUGCUGAGUCGAGGGCCCAAGUGGACUGCAAUCUGACGAUUUCACCUUCAGCUCUUGUCGUCAGGUUUGGAGAUCCUGCAGAAGCAACCUGCUCCAACCCAAGCAAAGACCACUUUUUACUGGGCUGGGUAUCUAAUCCGGGAUUAACAGAGCCCACUACUGAUAGUUUUUUGGUGUGGAGUGUGGAGAGUGUGACUCAGUGGAGCAUCGACCUUGUAUGUUAUGCAGCCUCUGACCUGAGAGGGUCGUGCAACAUUUCUCUUCCUUCCAUAGUCUACAACCCACCAAAAAGAGUCUCCAUCCAGUUUCUGAAUCACACCGGCCCUAUGGUGGAGCAGCAUCAGUACACUCUGCAGUGCACAGUUCAGGAUGUUGCACCAGUGGCAAAGCUCAUGGUGACCUUCUACAGGGGACAUACCCCAUUGGGUCAGCUCCAGUCUGACAGCAAAGCAGAGAAGAUGCCAGUAAAUGAAAGCUUCACUCUGAACAUCAUUCCCUCCAGAGGAGACAAUGGAAGUCAGUACUGGUGUGAGGCCAAGUUAGAUCUGCGACCUGCAGGACCCCAGCAACCUCCAGUGGAGACAUCUCAAAACCUCACUGCAGUGGUCAUCUGGAAUCAAGAACCUACUUAUCAAACAGAGCGACCUAUGAAAGAUCAUGAGGCAAAAACAAACCAUCAACCAUUAGAAGGAAGUGGAACUACAAACAGCUACAGAGGAUGUUUCUUACUGAUUGUCCCUCUUGUUUACUGGAUAAAUGGACUCUGAAAGCUGAAGGAACACAGUCUGAUUCAUGACUGUUUGGUUUGGACUGAUCCCGAUUUGGGAAAUACAUUCCAGAAGAUCCACCAUCUUUGUUUUCCAUGUCCAACUAUUGGAAUGGAAGCCCACCUGGUCAUAAAAUUAGAAUAUCAUGAAAAAGUUGUUUUUUUUUUAGUAAUCCCACUCAAUAGUUUAAACUUGUAUAUCAUAUUUAUUGAUUAUAACCAUACUGCGCUAAUACUGA